AUGAAUUUUUUAGCCGUGCUUUUCAUGACACAACUUUUAUACGUCGUCGGCGUCGGCGAAGUUCAAGAUCCGGAAUUAUGCGUCGGUUUAGCAUUUUCAUUACAAUACAUGAGAUUAACGGUUUUUUGUUGGAUGUUGCUCAUGUCUCAUCACAUAACAUUUAAAAACAAUGCAAAUCUUUUACCACACGUCGACACGUCAAUAAAAACAUCAUUUUGGAAAUUCAGUUUGAUCGGUUGGUGUUCCCCAGGGAUUCUACUAUGCAUAUCCAUAUUUUUACAAUCAUCUGAAUUUGAUUAUACGCUCAUUUUAAACGUAACGGAUUUCAAAAGGACAAAUUGUUGGUUUUUAAGUCGUAAACCAUUCAUUUACGGUUAUGCCUUACCCGUAAUCAUUUUAUUAUUAAUGAUAAUAGUAUCGUUUAUAAGGACGGCAAUUGUUAUAAGGCAAACAACGAGUCUUCAGGUACAAAACAAAAAUCUGUUACGAUGA